UGUAAACAUUUUGAGUUUGUUUCAACGGCAUUCUCUACGCGCUCCGACCGGUAGAGGGCAGUAUGUGUACCAAUGGCGGUUCUGUGCCGCCGCUUCCGUUUGCUAAAAUGUCACAUCCGGUGUAUCCAUCGUGGCCAGCUGCGACGAGUUUACCUAAAGAACCAUGGCAGACGGUAAAAUGGACGAUUAUCCUUACGAGAUAGAUGAGCAGCUUAAAGGCUUCGAAUCGUCAGUGUCCACUGUCAAAAGCAUGUUGGACACACUCAUGUCGAUGCCCAGAAAUGACCUGGAGCAAAAGUUGGAUCCUCUGGACCAGGCCAAACUGGAUCUUAUGUCUGCAUACACACUCAAUUCUUUAUUCUGGAUGUACUUGGUAACACAAGGUGUCAACCCGAGAGAACACGGCAUUAAACAAGAACUGGAACGAAUAAGGACGUACAUGAGCAGAGUGAAAGACAUAACGGACAAGAAGAAGGCAGCCCGUCUGGACAAGGACGCCGCCGGACGCUUUUUGAGGAAUGCCCUCUACGACCCAGAGGAAAAGGCGUCCAAGACAAAGGCAAUGGCGGGGGCCGGUAAAACCUCAGAAGCGACGCCAGCCAAACGGCUGAAGAAAAGAUGACUGACUUUUGUAAGUUUUGUGGAGUGCUCCAAUACCAGAAAACAAUGGUGGAACUACAGUAUGUGUUUGUGUAAUGGCUUUAUGCAAAGUUUUGAAAGUGAUUCUGUGAAUUCACUUAUUAUUACACAUUGAUUUCGAGUGUGUUGUGAAAUUCCGUUUCUCGAAGGGUUCAAACUUGAGAUGUGUGCAUUGUUUAUUUUGUUUUUUUUAUCCUAAAGAUCUUUGACAGCAAUCGAUUUCCAAUUAAUUUGAACCGUGAGGGUAUGAAUAUUAGAUGAUAUAAUUUCUCGGUAAGAUGUAAGACAUCCAAACCAACCCUCAAAAACAGUCAUAAUCAUUGAAUUACCUGACAUAAUAGCAGCAGUCAUUACAAAUAUUUAUGUUUUUAUUUUAAUACAUUUUAUUUGGAAAUUAGUACAAUGCAGUUGACAUUGUUUGACUAUAGUAAUUGCUUUUAUAUAAUGUGCAGUUAGUGUAUGGCAGAAAACGAUCAGGUGACUUGAAGAUCCGCUCUGAGAGCCACAAUUUGGCCAAAUUGUCCUAUAUGCAUGGGUGAUAUAUCAUUGGAAAGCUUAAAAUCACAAUUUUCUGGGGGGAAAAAAUUGGAACAGGAGGGCAUUAAAAAAAAAUUAAACCCCUAAACCCUAACUCGAGGUGAGAGCAUGAGAGAGCAUAAUUAAAGACACCCAUGAUUUUAAUGAGAUAUCACGUACUUGCCUUGUUUCAAUCGAAAAAACUGUGUAGCAUGUAUCACCGGGUGUCAAGACACAGCUGUGAAUGGCCAUAGCUGGAUUUAAUGGGUGAAACAAGGUAAUAUAACGGGUUGCAAAGCAGAAGUCAGUGGCUAAGAUUUUCAAGUAUCUACCUUUUUCAAAGUUUUUGUUCAAUUUUUCUUUGGAUCGAUUGCCAUCUAAAAUAUCGGGGGACAUGCGAUAGUAACUAAAUACAAUUAAAAGUAGUUUUUUAAAAUAUAAAUAUUAGACAUCAAUUAAUCAUUCUAAGCUAAAAAUGAUAUACAAUUUCCCGAGAGGCUGGGGCGAAAGGCCGCGGCUCGCCUUGAAGCAGACCGUCAGGUCAAUCCCGAGAUCUAACUACAAACUUUUGAACUGCAGCAACUUUAAGAUACACUAUUGGAGCUGGAAUUACCGAGGACGGCGGGAGAAAGCCUGUCCGAAUGCCGCCGAGGGUCUCGUAAUGUCGGGUGAAAGUUUGGCUGUCUGAUCCUUGUUUGCUCAACCUUAUGCGAAUAUUUUUCUAAUCAUGUCAUAAAUUGUAAUUUGUUGACCUGUUUUGCACAUGCACCAAUCGUUUUAAGUAAAACAAAUGGAAUCAUGCUGUCCAAAUGUUUUUUUUUAUUGCGAGCAAUGGCUGUAAUAAAAACGAAUGACGUAC